AUGGCUCGAAUCAAAAUGACUGUAAAACGCAAAAAAUCAUGCCAAGAACCAGAGGACAACCAAGACGUCUACUUAAGCACCGAGUCAGAUUGUCAUGAGGAAAACCAAUCUAAAGCAACUUCCAUGAACACCAUUUCUUCAUCUCAACCAUCCAAAAGCUCCUCUCCUUCUAUUACUCCGAAAAUCGUCAAAAAAUCCUCCUCCUCAACUCCUUCCAGGCGCUCCUCCAGAAUCAUGUCUGGAGCUGUUUCGACCAACAAGGCACCUUCUCAGGACAAUACGAUCCAUUCAGUGGUAAAUGGAAAAAUCAUUGACCUUGCUGAUAUCAAACAAGGAGGGUUCAAUGUUGAAGAAAUGUUUGAACAACUCGGUUGGACCUCAUUCUUCAAAAUCAAUGAACCACAGUACCCACGUCUAGUAAGGGCUUUCUAUGCCGCUUCAAAAGGAUCCAAAGGCAUGACUAAUUUCAGUAUGACAUGGUAUUCACAAUGUGUCAUCACUAGAACCUCUGUGCUCCAAAACACCCUCAUCAAACCUCCAAAACCGUUGGUGGCCUCCAACCUCGUCCCCUUGUGUCGCAUCCUUCACAAUAUAUGUGUCCACUCCAUCACACCCCGGGCUGGCAGUUUUGAGAAAGUCACAGAACUUGAUCUCAUGAUUACUCAUCACGUGAUUACUGGUACUCCUCUUCAUUUGGGUCAUGUUAUUUUUACCUUCAUGCUGAAUGCUGUUGUAUUGGGACGAUCUGCUCCCUAUGGGACGAUUUUGACAAAAAUCUUCAAAUUUUUCAAAGUCCCACUUGAGGAUGAACAUUCCAUCCACUUCAACAACACUUUUUCUAUGAAGAACAUUAAACAGAUGAAGAUUCAAAAUGAUGACCGUCCUGCCUCAAAGAAAAGAAAAACUCGUCCUUCCUCUGUUUCUCAAAACUAUGAAGGUGAAACCCCUCAUCCUCCACCUGACGAUACACCAUCACCACUUAUUCCUGAACCAACCUCUCCACUGCGUAACUCUCCUUAUACUACUCCCUCUCCUGUCUCUCCUGUCCCCACAACAACUCAGUCUUCACCAACCCACAAACUGACUCCCCUUCGUGAAGCCGAUCCUAUCCCUGAGGAUGCCUCAAAAUCAACUUCUCCUCAACAUAUGGAAGAUGGUGAGGAGUUAUACUUUGAUCUGAAUUUAUCUUAUCCUCCAUCUCCUACGGAUGUGCCUAUGGCUUCUCCUCCCAAUGUGCGAGUGGAUGAAGAUGUAAUCCCUCCACCAGAUUUUUCGCAACAAAUUCCUCCUGCUCCCAACUUUGAAAAACUGCUCAACCUCUCCCUGAGGUUACAGGUGUGUUCAGUUCCCUUGACUCCUUCUUUACUGCCACAACUCAUAACCAGUCAAAGGACAAGGCUGGGAGCUCUCAGAAUAAGAGUUCCAGUGUAA